AUGGCCCCUCCUACCGUCGGAACCUUUUCUUCUUCUGCCGUGGGCAGCCUGACUGUGUCCAAGUCGACCUUGGAAAAGGAUAUCCUGCUGGCCUUGUUGGUCAACACAAUCUCGACGAAGCAAGUCAAGGUCGAUAUCAAGACGGGCAAAAAGCCCGUGCCAACGGAACUCAAGGUGCUCAACAAUUCGACCUCGCUCUUUCAGCGAUCCGCCAUUGUUCGUGGUCUCUGUGGCGCUGCUCUGUUGAAUGCCCUGGAUUAUGGACCGUUUUAUCUGUUGGGAGGUCACGCGACACCCGGAUCGCCCGAAGAAGCCGUUGCGUUGGCAUCGAUUUCGAGUUGGAUGAGUGUCGCGGCGUCGACCGAUCCUCGCGAUGAUGCCUUUUCCCAGGCGCUCGACCGUCACUUGGACUUGCGUGCCUUUUUGACGCCCAGCGCCAAUGCGACCGUCGCCGAUUUGGAUUUGGCGCUCACGUUGUUUGGAAACGCAACGGCCUAUGGCUAUCCCAAUGUAGCGCGAUGGCUGCACCAGUGUCAUGCCGUCUGUCAACAAAUGGCAGCUCCCAAAGGAGGACCCUGUGGCGACAUUUGCAUCCCUGCUCCAGCUGUCCAGCCGCCAACACGACUCUCGGCUCCGUAUUUUGACUACGAAUGGGAGACGCCACCCGCCAAAAAGGAAGCAGCACCUCCCAAACAGCAGGCCGACAAUAAUAAUAAGGGAGGCAAUAAUAAGCAACAGCAGCAACAACAACAACAACAAGCCAAAGGCGAAGGCAAAAAGAAGGAGAAGAAAGCUCCGGCGCCUGCUCCAGCAGCCGGCGGUGGAUUUGAUAUUUCGGCUUUGGAUAUCCGAGUGGGUAAAAUCAACAAGGUCUGGCCACAUCCCGAAGCGGACAAAUUGUUUUGCGAGGAAAUUGAUGUCGGGGAAGACAAGCCACGAUCCAUUGCUUCUGGUCUCAGGCCGUUCUACAAACAGGAAGAUAUGGAAGGAAAGAUGGUCCUUGUCCUGGCCAAUCUAAAGCCUCGGACGAUGCUGGGAUUUGCGUCCCACGGAAUGGUCCUGUGUUCCAGUAAUGCCGACCACACCAAAGUGGAAAUUGUCAGUCCUCCCGAAGGAACCAAAGUCGGAGAACGAGUCGAAUUCGAAGGGUUUGAAGGCAAAGACCCCGAACCGCAAAAUAAGGUUGCCAAAAAGAAGAUCUUUGAGGGAUUGGCUCCGGAUUUGAAAACAACCAAGGACGGAGUAGUGGUCUGGAAAGAGGCACAAGCCAAGACUUCGGCUGGAAUUGUCAAGGGCAUGCCCGAAGGACAGGUGGCAUAA